CCGCGGCGGCACGUAGCGCGUGUGACUCGAACCAGCUGGUAAAAAGCUGCUGCGUUUGCGAUGUGACAGAGAGAAAUUGUGGAAAUGAAAAGGCUUCGUGCAGGGCACCGUGCGAUUUCCACGCUUUAAUUCCGGUUCAUCCUACGAGUGCAUAGUGUGGUGGUAGCUGGAAACAACACGUCGAACAUUGUGCUUGCUGCCAAUAGGUUCUCGGAGUUGGAGUUAUCCGCACGCCACGGGGAGGCUGCGGUAUCCGCCUUUGGCCCUCUGGUGAUACGAGGCUGGCGAUGUCAACACUUGCAGCCGACGAAGCUAGUGGCCUAAAGCAAGAUCUUGAGACCGUGGCAAGGCUUGAACUUGGAGAAACACCAGAAGUCAAACGAAGCUCGCUGACCCAGUUACGCCAACUUAUUGAAGAAGAUGACGGGCUUCGAGUUCCUCCAGAUGAUGACUUCCUCCUCAUGUUUCUACGCAUUCGGAAGUACAACGUGCCGGAAGCUUUGGAAAGGAUACGAAGGUACUUCCGUGCCCGAAAGAACAUGCCUGAAUACUUUGAGGAGGUCACAACGUCCAGUGCCUUGUACGAGACAGUCUUCCGCGAACACAAGCUAAUAAUGUAUGCCGAUGAAAGAGACCCGCUGGGGAGAGUGGUAUCGGUUACUAAUUGUGGGGCAUGGAGCUCUGACAUUUGUUCCAUUCCUGAGCUAUUUCGCUGCGGUCUGUGGGCCAUGGAGUGCAAUCUUCUUGAAGAAGAGACGCAGAUACGGGGAUACGUUGCCGUGUUAGACCUCAAGGGCUUCGGCACCCAUCAUCUGAUGCAGAUGACGCCAUGGUUCCUUGCGAGGCUCAUUUCAAUAACUCAGGAUUGCUUGCCGGUACGGCUGAAAGGCAUCUAUUUCCUAAACACGCCGGCUGUCUUUGAAGUGGUCUACGCCAUUGCUAAACCGUUCCUGUCGGCAAAGCUGAAAAGCAGGAUUCACUUCAUCGGCAGUGACUUAUCUCCACUCUGCGGAGUCAUCCCUUCUGAAUUGAUACCUGAGGAGUUUGGCGGAACAAGGAAUGCCUUCGACAACGCAAUACAAGAGAGGCUUUACAAGGAGAAGGAGGGUCACUUUGAUAGGCUACGUCAGUGCGGUUACCAAACAUAACGGUGGACCUGAGGACGACGAUAUGGCCCGACUGCAGCGUUCGCAGAGGACAGAUAUAAGUGUUUCUAUCUGCACUUACAAAGGCGUGACUGAGUGGACGAACGCCUGACUGCAGCUGCCGCACGUGAAAGGCUAUCCUAAUUGGGGUCGCUCAACAUGUGCUAAGUACGCACGAACGACAACUCUCGCUGCUAUUUAUGAGCAAUGCGAGGUUCAUUAUACGUGGCUCUCAUUGAUUUUCAAGCGCACAAGCCGGGAAGAUAUAAAGAAGUAAUACAGUUCAGCAGGUGACUCGUAAUUUAAUGUGGCGUACGGAACGUUCGAAUAUCAUUGUGGGCGCUUUGCCAUCGAAAGCUAUCUGUAUUACUGUUCCCAAUCUUUCCGCUUGGUCUUCGAAGAAACCGUGGGGUCCUGUAUCUGAAAGGUGGGUCGUACUCUGCGAAGACGCGUACUAAGCAAACCGCCGAGAAAGCAACACGAUCCUUGGCCAAUCCCACUGAGUGGGUGUGAGCCAGCAGGAUAGGAUCUACAUCUACAUCUACGAAGUCAAGGACUUAUUCGUGAAAGCACGCGUUUGGAAGAGAACGAUCAUUGUGCGAAAUUACGCUAAGUUGAGACGAUGAACGAAGAGGAAUUUGGUGCCGCGUGACUGUCUAAUACGUGGCUC